GCACAGCAAGCAACAGCACGUCGCUCCAGGAAUGCUUAGAGCAAAGACAACAAAAUCAGUACUGUGGAUCUUCAGAAAUGCGUCUUCCGCUUGGUCAUUAUUUAUGUUGACUACUUGAGAUUGUGACGCACAUUGCACCGCUAGAAUUUGGACAUCUCAAACGGAAGACAACAUCACCAUGAAUCGAGUAACAAGAUUGUUCCAGCCGACAGCCCCUAUACCAAAGUCUCUUCAAAAUUCACAACUUAUUAAAAGCCAGCGGAUGAUGUUGGAGCAAGGUGUCAUAAGGGCCACCUCUACUGGUCUGUAUACAUUAUUGCCUCUUGGAAUGAGAGCCUUAAAGAAACUCGAAAAUAUUGUUGAUCGGUACAUGGAAAAGGUCGGUGCGCAAAAAAUCUUACUGCCAACGCUCACAUCUGACCAGCUCUGGGAACAGUCAGGUCGCUUGGAAGAAGCAAAAGCUGGUAGUGAACUCUUUCUUCUUGAGGACCGUCAUAAAAAACGCUACAUAUUAGGGCCAACACAUGAAGAAGCAAUAACUGAGCUGUUGGCUGCAGGGACAAGACUAUCAUACCGACGCCUUCCUCUCCUUUUGUAUCAAAUUUCAAAUAAAUACAGAGAUGAGCCAAGACCACGCUUUGGUCUAUUGAGAACUCGAGAAUUCGUCAUGAAAGAUCUCUAUUCAUUUGAUGCAAAUGCUGAGAAUGCUCUCAAAACAUAUGAAUCAGUGACAGAGGCGUACAAUGGAAUUUUCCAAGAACUUGGUGUCAAGUAUGUCAGAGUUGAAGGUGAUUCUGGAAUGAUGGGAGGUUCUAUGUCACAUGAAUUUCAUUAUCCAUGUGAGGCAGGAGAAGAGCGGAUUAUUCAGUGUAAUGCAUGCAACGUUCCUACCAAUGCAUCCCUUCUGCAGAUUCAAUCUGAUUCAUGUCCUCACUGCCAGUCGACUGAUAUUUCUACUAUGGCUGGAAUUGAAGUUGGGCAUACAUUCAUUCUUGGUACAAGGUACUCAAAGCCUAUGAAUGCAACAUUUAUAGCCGAUGACAAAUCUAUGCAAUCCUUAAUUAUGGGUUGCUAUGGGCUUGGCCUUUCUCGAAUUUUGGCUGCAUCUCUUGAAGCUCUAUCACUUCCAACAGAACUGCGAUGGCCACUAUGCAUAGCUCCUUAUAAAGCUUGCAUUAUCACUCCUAAACAUGGCAGUAAAGAGGAAGCUGCAUCAGUUUUGACCCAAGGUCUUUAUGAUUCUAUUGAAUGUAAUAGUUUUUUCAAAAAUGAUGUAAUUGUUGAUGAUCGUACUAAUUUAUCUAUUGGCCGUCGCAUAACAGAAGCUAAGCGCAGUGGCUACCCUUUAAUUAUUGUAAUUGGAAAGAAGGCUGUUGAGGAUAUCCCUCGAUUUGAGGUCAUUGACCUUGUUAACAAUAGAGAGUAUGAAUGGACAGAUGGGUCUUUAGCAUCUCGACUGAAAGAAUACUGUCCACAGAUAUAACUAUGAAGCAUUCAUUGAUGGUCGCUCAUUAUCCCUGUCAUCUUAACUGGUCCACUUCACUAUGAAUGCCACAUUUAUAUCCAAUGACAAAUCUAUGCAAUCCUUAGUGAUGGGUUGCUAUGGGCAUGGUCUUUCUUGAAUUUUGGCAGCUUCUCUUGAAGUUCAAUCAAUUCCAACAGAAUGGCUUCCCUUUGUCUUCCCUUUUUUUUGGUGACUAGCCCUGUCAAACAGGUACAAUGGUUUUAAAGGAAUCAAUCACUGGCCAAGUGUGAUAAAAAAAUAAUUCUGGAAACAACUUUAAGCUGAUGGCAACAGGUUUCCUGAGGAUCAGUUCGCUCAUUAUGUCUUUCCACAUGCAGAUUCAGAUCUGAAUAUAGCAGCUACCUCAAUACUAUGUGAUACAGUAUGUGGAUUGUGGAUAAUUGUGAUAAGGUUUGUUUAAUAUAUACAUUUUCACAAGGUA